AUGGAUUCUUUUACUUUGUCAACUAAAUCGAUUACUCAAAAUCGAUUUAGUGAAUUUCCUGAUGAACUUGUUGAUCAAAUUUUUUCUUAUCUUCCACCAAAGGAUGUAGUAAGAACUUGUGCAUUAUCGAAAAGAUGGCGAUGCUGGUGGACUUCUUUUAACUUUAUUAGUUUUGAUUUCGAUCCAUGGAAUGAGGAGGAGGAGCAGGGAGCUCGUUUCUUGGAUAUGAUUAAGAGAGAGCUGCUCAUUCCUGACAAUGAAUACACAAGAAUAUUUCGUCUACACUUGGAUAUACAUGGCCCUUUUUAUACUUAUUCCAACAUCAUGGUGUCAAUGUCAUUGGUUCAGCUUGCUCACUGCACACUUAAGUUAUUGAAAAGUGUUUGUCUCAACGUCAAUUUUCUUAGACUAUCACAUGGCACUCUUCAGACCAUCUCUUGUGCAGAAAAUUUUGAUGCUGAUCAUGUUCCUCUAUGUUUCGCUUUAACCCAUUUGAAAGUGAGCGAAGGGGAUUGUGAUUUUAGUGCAGCUGCGUUGCUGCACAUUAUUGAAAAGUCAGCUCAUCUACAGUCUCUAGACCUUCCUGACGGACUUAAACUACGCAUUCUCAAGGAAGAGGAAAUUCAUCUUCUGCAGAAUGUUGUACCCCGCUGUUUGACAUAUUAUUUGAAAACUUUUAGACUCUCAGGUUUUAGGGGAAGUGUGGAAGAGGUUAGUUUCUUAGAAUACAUACUCAAGAAUGCUAGUGUUUUGGAGCAAUUUUCAGUCCAUCGCUCAAAAGACUUGAAGGGGAAGAGGGGAUAA